AUGGCCUCUCGUGAACAGCGCGAGCAUCUCAUGAGUGGUGGCUAUGCUUAUGGAUAUGACGGCUCAUCCACUGACGUGGAUGUGGCGACCUCGCAGAUGGACAGUGAAGAAGACGACAGCACGGACGGUGGUUUUGAUGAGAAAGCGAUGAAGAAAUCUCGCGGAUGCCGGCCACCUCUCACCGCUGCUUGUUGUUGCCAUUGCUGCUAUGUUUGCCAGUUCCUGAUGUUCAUGGUGAUCUUCCCUCUUUGGACAAAGUGGCUUGUGACAAAUCCAAUGCCCACGCAGUAUUGGCAUGAGCAGUACCCCAAGUGGCCCUCCAUUCAAGCAGUUGGCGGACAAGAGCUCGCCAAUGACAGCCUUGUGACAUACCCGAUCGAGAUGUCGCCCAUCCCGACUCAAUCAGACAGUUGCAAUUUCAGCUGUUCCUCAUGGCGUGGCUACCGAACCAACGAAAUGAACUUCCGUGUCAGCCUCACCGUCAACGACUCUGUUCUCUCCCGGGGCUACGUGCACACCAUCUACCCCGUUUUGCUGGCAAGUGCAGACUUCCACGAUUGGUGGGUAGUGGCAGACAGGCGGUUUGCCUACCCGGCACCAUUCUGGCGUGCCAAAACAGACAAAACCGGACACGCGUACACAUACACGACCGACACUUGCAUCAGUCCGCCAGCAGGCGACAAGGUCACGCGCGAAGCAAACUCCGGAGUCUAUGUCUUGGCGUGUGUGGUCUGGAGCCCGACAAGCUUUGCUGAACUGGAAGCGAAAUCCCAGCUGGACGAUGCAGACCUCGGCCAGUACUGCUACACGGCAGGUGGUGUGUGCGGCUGGACAUGUGACUCUGUGGUCAACUCUGACUUGCUAGAGGGAUGCACAGCAGACAGCACCAUUAAGAUGACAUCAUCCUCCGUGGCUGGACGCGAGAUUCCUUCGGCAGAGUUUCAAGGCAACGUGGAGAUGAGAGAGUGUUUGAAAGGCAAUACAGCAGGCAAGUGCGAGACUGCAACCGAGAAGUUCAAGCAGUGGAAAUGCCACAAGUGCUUGUACGACCCCCGGACAGAGGAUGACAUGCGACGGCGUCUGCAGAUCAUUCCAGGAAUUGGUGGUUUGCCUUCGGGAUUGCCAGGUAUGGACGAUCCUGACAGCCCACUCCCAGGAAUUGGAGGAAGUGAUGGUGGACUACCAGGCGUCAUCGGGGGAGACAGUGACUCGUCGACCGCGAAGACACCCACGAUCUACACGUCCUUGCCACGUUUCCACAUCACCGUCACUGGCGCAACGAUCCCCGAAGGCACGGAUGUCUUCAGCCAGCCUCGCAUCUUCGUCUUGCAAUCCUCCAGGGAUCAGCGUGGGACCUGGCGGAAGCUCUACAAGAACGACUACGGCAUGACACAGCCUCCGAUUGUCGUGGGCAAGGACGGCAAGCCUUUGGUCAAGGAGAAAGAGUCGGACUCAUACGAUGAGGAACUUGCCCCAGUGCAGGACCCGGUUAGCAAGCAUGCCAUGUCCCUGAACCAGCAGAACCGCUUGGAGGUCGAACCUGGUUGGUGCUACGGCCGGCAAGGGCCACUCUACCUGGUGGCAUGUGCUGUAAACAGCACUCUCUAUGAGGGUGGCUUUACGAACUUCAAAGCUGGUCAGCAAGCGGCUCCUCCGCCUUUCAACGACCGUUGCGUUGCCGUGUCAGGCCGUUGUGCACAUGCAUGUCAACCAGACCAAACGCCUAUGGCAAACUGCACGGCUGAUGGUCAUAUUCUUCAAACCUCCUUGGUUGGAUACGUGGGCUACCAGAAGAACCAGACAGCUCCCGUUUGGCUCUUCUGCUACGUGCUUCUGAUCGGCUUCGGGGUGAAGGCAGUCAUGCUUUGUCCCGGGGUGUUUUCGCCGUACCCCCACUUCCGACGAUACGAUCCCGAUCUCACGUCCCAGCUGCGGUACAUCGUCGUUACCAUUCCGAGUGCCGGAGAGAACAAGUGCACAGUUUUGCGGAAUAUCGUGGGUGCCAUCGGCUGCAUGCCAAAGGAUUGCAGGUGCCGCUACCACGUGGCCUUUGUCGACGAGGGUCACAGAGCAGAGCAAAAGCUCAUGUUCAUGAAGCUGGCCUCCGUCAUUGAGAAGAUUCCGAAUUUUGGAGGCGCUUCCUACGAGGAAAAUGUGAGCCGCUUCUUCCAGCAAUGGGUUGAGGAUACCAAGAAGAUGGAUCUCAAGAAGCUGAAAGACGGCUACGAUGGAGAGGUUGAUCCUAAGGACAUGGAUAGGAUGGCCGGCAAGAAUGCAUUGAAAACGCUAAAGAAAGAAGGUGGCUGGGGCUCGAUGCCGCCACAUGUCCUUGAGCCACUUUCGGAUGCUCUGAUCGUCUUGGAGGAGGACCUGAGAAAUCUCAAGAAGGAAAAGAAAGACCUUCAUCGUGACGACGUGGCAGAUUGGGAACCCCAGGAUCGCAACAGCUUGGCCCUUCGCCUGCACUAUCUUGCACGUGCCAAGCCCAUGGAGGACGAGCGGACGAUCAAGGCGCAGCAUGUGGCUCCAGGAACCUGGUACUACAAGGUCCCACAGAAUGCGGACAACAAGGACUGGCUGAAGCUGCGUGCCAAUGCUCGGCAGAUGGUUUAUGGCUUGGAAGAUGAUGACCACUUCAUGCACAAUGUGCCUCUCCGGACCAGUCGCGGCAAAGCAGGUGGCUUGAAUUUCUGCGAGAACUACUUGUGCCUCUAUGCGGAUAAGACGGAAAACAUGUACGGCGACUCCCGCGACCUUGCGCCUUGUCUCUACAGCAUUUGCGAUGCCCGGCACCAGUUCCAGACGGAUUUCUUCCACAGCACCAUCCCAUACUUUUUCGACGAUGAGAUGGAGCUCAAUCAGUAUGUGGGUUUCACACAGUGCCCCCAGUACUUCCAUGAGAUGCAAGACGAGGUUGACUAUCUGGAUAACAACAACGCACAGUUCUUCCGACUGAACUGUAUGAUCCGGAAUUGCUGCGGUGGUGUCAGCUCUUGUGGAACGAACGGCACAUGGAUGAUCAGACAUCCAGACAAAGACUUGGUGUGGGAGAAGGAACGACGGCGUGUGCGGGAUGUCGAAAGCAAGCGAAAGAUUCAGGAGCUGGUGGAGCGUCGCACCUUCCACGAGAGCUGCAAGGUCGAAGACACGGCAAGUAGUUUGCAGCAAGUGCUGCGAGGCCGCCGGUCCCAGUUCAUCAACCGCCGCUUGUCCUAUGGCAUGGCGAAGAACCCUAUCGACUACCUGGCGGCUGUGCAGCGAUGGGCUGAGGGAGGAGUGGUCCUGUCGCUCCAGACGUUCUUCAGCUGCCACAAGGGUGUCUACAUGGUGUGGUUCACGCUGAUUUUCUUCUUCUGCUUCCUCGCCUCGCUGUUCCGCCUCGUCAGCAAGACAGACACAACGUGGGAGAUUGUCAAGUGGGGCUUGGUGGAUGAAGCCUGGUACCAAAAUACCAUUCAGGAGCCCGUUGUGUCUUGGCUGCGGACCCUGGUGAAUUUUGCCAACAACAACUACUACAAGCGACAUCCAGAUCUGCUCGACACGUUUGUGACCAUGACCCUCCAGUUCACGAUCUGGGUUGUCAGUUUGAUUUUCUUCCUCGUCCUGGUCUUCCUGUUCACGGAGCUGCUGAAGUUCAUCCAACGCCGGUGCGGCUUGCAGUUGCCCGUUGUGUGGCCAGACGAGAUGCGUUGGUGGGCGCGACUCCUCAUCUCGAUGGAUAACUUGACGUAUUUCCUGUGGUUCUGGACUGCCUUCUUCUGGAUUGGUUUCAACUACUACAGCAUCUUCGCGAAGCGGACUUAUCACUUCUCCUCCACCGGCAUGUUCUCAUUUAUGCUUACAGUGCAAAUCUUAAGCUGGGGCAUGGUCAUUGCCUCGUCGAUGCGCUACACUCUCUCAACCAGUAUGGAAGCCAACGAGGUGAUCGGCUUAUCCAUGGACAACAUUUGGCGCUCAACACAGCUGUUCUACAUGACCGCCCCUUUGCUCUUGUACUCCAUCAUCAAAGGAGCGCAGGACUACAUCAGGUACCAGCUCUACGGUGAAGACAUCAGCUUCUGGGUCGGUGGAGAUCGUGGUGUGAUGUCUACCAAUCUUGUGAAAUAUUGGACGCUGCUGUUGAUCCUUGGCGCGAUGGGUGCUUGGGUUUACUACCUCAUCGAGGGGCGCAAGCACACCGGAGUCAUGUCUGCCGUGCUCAUUGUCUCCCUGAUUGCUCUCGAUGUUCUGCACCCGUGCACCUACCUGUGGGUGGGACGGACCAAAAUGACCAAAGAGAAGGCGGCCAAGCUCACGUGGAGUCAGGCCAUUGUGACCCGAGGAUGGUGGGAGCUGAUGCUUCAGAGGCUUAUCUUGAACCCAACGGUCACUGGCAUCUUCAAGUGGCUGGGACCAGCUUGGUUCGUACUGAUGCCCUUCCUCGUUCUCUUCAUGCCAUACAUUGGCGUUAACCAAGCCUUUAUGAUGAUCGGCUCUACUACAAAUCGCUAG